AUGCCGUCUUUACAAAAUAAAACUACUGCUAAUUCUACGGAUACUAGCGAGAAGAAUCUUAAAGACGAAAAGAAAGUAGUACAGGAGGAAGAAGAAUGCGAAGAAGAUGAAGAAGGGGAUGAAGAUGAAGAAGCCGAAACUGAGGAUAGCGAUGAUCAAGUCGAUGAAGAAGCUAAUGAAAGAAGAAAGGAUGAAUGCUUACAAGAUAUGUCGGUUUUAGAAAAAAAAUUUAUCGAGAUCAAGGACAGAUUCUUUCAAGAAAGAUUAAAUGAAUUGAAUCAGAAAGCGGAGGAAAUCAAAAACGAAACCGCGGAAGAGUAUAUUGCAUCUAGAGCGGAAAUCGAGGAUCAUUGUAAAAAGCGUAACAGUGUGUCUGAAUUAAUUAGAGACUGUAAGGCUCAAAUUAUAACAACCAUAUUCGAAGCUGAAAAAAUCGCUUCACAGCAACAUUUUGAGAGCGAAAAAAGAGCAUUGUUAGAGUCAAUGUGCGCUGAAUAUGAAGAAAAAGUUCGUAAACUUGAAGAAGAUCGCAACUGUGUUGAUUUGUCAUCAGAACUCUGGUAUAAAAGUUCUGAUAAUACCUCAAUGAAAGGAAGUCGCAAACGUGAUAGCACUGAUGGAUUGUUGUACCCACAGAAGCGCAAGAAACCUGUAACUGUGUCUGAUAUCCUCAUUCACUUCUAUGCUUUGAGUUGUUGCUAUUUACCGAAUUCUUUAACGAUAUAUGAAAAUAUUACUGUCAUUUCUAAGCAAGGGGAAUCGCUGCCAGAAGAAGAUCUGAUCGUAAGCUUUUUGUGA